AUGCACAGAAGCAGUGCGACGUCCCUGAUCCAUAAAGCAACGUAUGCCACCUCCAAGACACUCACAAUAGGCUUGAUUCCAGGCGACGGAAUCGGCAAGGAGGUGAUCCCAGCCGGGCAGCGGGUUUUGGAGGCUAUCGGCAAGAAACAUGAUAUAAGGUUCAGCUAUGAGCAUCUGGAUGCUGGCUGGCAAACGUUUUUAGAGACGGGCAACGCCCUUCCAGGAGCAACAGUGGAAGCUUUGCGGGAAAGAUGCCAGGGUGCACUGUUUGGCGCAGUCCAGUCGCCGACCACGAAGGUGGAAGGGUACUCAUCACCCAUUGUUGCGCUACGCAGGCAGCUGGGGCUUUACGCCAACAUAAGGCCCGUCAAGUCUGUUUCUGGGACUGGGCAGCCAGUGGAUCUCGUAAUCGUGAGAGAAAAUACCGAAGAUCUAUAUGUUCAACAGGAACGGACUUACGUGGAUGCGGCGACCGGCAAGCGGGUAGCGGAGGCCAUCAAGAGAAUCUCGGAGCCGGCAACCGAGCGGAUAGCUGAAAUUUCGUUGCGGCUUGCACUACAGCGCCAGCGGAUGGGAGGGCGCGGAGCGCUAACCGUCACUCAUAAGUCGAACGUGUUAUCCCAGACAGAUGGGCUCUUCAAAGAGGUAUGCAGGGAGGUAUACGAGGCCAACAAAAAAUCUUAUGGGUCGAUAGAGUACAACGAGCAGAUUGUGGAUUCAAUGGUUUAUCGGCUUUUCAAGGAACCCCAUUGUUUCGACGUGGUAGUUGCGCCUAAUCUGUACGGAGACCUGCUAUCUGACGGUGCAGCAGCUUUAGUCGGCUCACUUGGACUGGUUCCGAGCGUUAAUGUUGGCAACAACAUCAUUAUCGGAGAACCAUGUCAUGGCUCUGCACCUGAUAUCGCUGGAAGGGGGAUUGCGAACCCCAUCGCUACAAUCAGAUCAGUGUCACUAAUGCUUCAGUUCCUAGGUUUAGAGGAGGCUGCAAGUGACAUCGACCAGGCUGUUACAGGGAACUUGAAGGAUCGCCAGGUUGUUUCCCCCGACCUUGGCGGGAAGAACACCACACAGGAGGUGCUGGACGAUAUUCUGGCAAGGAUUUGA